AUGAGCUGGGGUUUGCAGGCAUGUCACAGGGAUGACAUCCCGCGGCUCCGGGGGCCGGGGCCGCUCAACCUGCUGCCGGCCAAUCCUUGGAGUGUCACUUACAUGAGCUCCAAAAUCGUCGGGCCCGUGUGUUUAGGUUUGGAAAAGUUGCCGGACACAGGGCUGGAGGAAGGUAAGCUGCAAGCAGCUUCGGAAAGGCGGCAGCAGGGCCGGAGGGCUGAGCGUGUCACCCCGGCCAGCCGAGCCCCGAAGGAGCAGGCGGGGAGCUGGCCCGGGCCGGCCGUGCCGCCUCUCCGCGCCCGCGGAGCGCAGCGCAGCCCCGGCGCUCCCCGUCGGGCCGCCCCAGCCCCGGCGCUCCCCGGCGCCCCUGGUUCCGAAAGGUGUCAUCUUAAAAUAAUUCUCGGCAAAGCAGUCCCGGCACUUUCGCGGGCCUGGAGGGCGCCACGGGCACCGGGAACCGAUGCGGGGCGGCCCAGCGCCCGGACUGUGGGAGCGAAGCGGCGGCAGCGCGGCGUCCCGGGAUGCGCCCCGUUACACCGGGGAUUCGCGGUCACUCACAGCGCGGGGUUGGCCAGCGCCGGGCCCGGGCCGGGGCUCGGAAAGCGGCACAGCAGGGCUUUUGCGAGGGUCCCCGACCAGGAGAGGCUCUCUCCGCGCUCCGAGCGGCCGGGCCCGCACCCGCUGCCUUGCGGGCCCCGACGGGCCGGGCGCCGCCGCCGCCGGGGGUUGCGCCUCGCACGGGUACGGGACUCUGGGGCGAGUGCUGCCGGCCGCACCUCCUCGCCAUCCCGACACCGGCAGGGACAUGUAAUUUUUUUAACUCGGAGCAGCUCCCCAGCGGCAGCCCCGGCAGUCGCUCCAGCCGGUCCCCAGCGAUUUCUUAGGGAUCGGUUGCGGGUGGCUUGUCGCGUUACUCGCGCACCCGCGUUAGUGACCCCGCUCCCCGCCGCGGGGGCAGCGCGGAGCCGCCCCCCGGCCCGAGGCGGCGGCGGGCGGAGAGGAACCGGAGCGGGGCACACGCUGUUCGCCCCCGCAGGCAGGGCAGGGCUGCCCCGGAGGGAGGGUUUGCUGCCCGGACCGGCUCCCAAACUUUUGGCACGGAGGGCAGCCCUCUCAGCACAGCCUGCUGCCCGCACCCAGCCGUGGGACUCGGCGCCGCGGCUCCCCUCUAGUGAGACGAAUCCUCACAGUGGAAGCAGGACUAGCGGAGCAGCUGCCCGCCCCAGCGGCGGCACCAGCGGCAGGACGAGCGGGGGGCGAGAUGCGGCCCGGCCCCUCUCCGCUGGCACAGAGCGGCAGCGCAAGUUUUGGUGCGCCUGCCCUGGCUGCCCUCGCCCCAUUGGGGCUCUCCCCUCCGUUCGGGACUCCCUCUCCCGCAGCCCCGAGGGGCGGGCGCGGGCGGACGGGCCCGGCGAGGCAGCGCCGUCCUUACCUGUCGCCGAGCGCCCUGCAGCGCUCCGCUGCCGCCCGGCCCUCCGCAGGAUGUUAUUCCCUCUCCCUGGUGUAUCCCCCGCUGUCCGCACGCCUGAGGCUGUUUCCCCUCGCUCAGCCUCGCCUCCUCGCCGGCAGCGGCCGGGGCAGGGGUGCGGGUGCUCCCCGUCCCGCGCCGCGCAAAGCCGCGGUCAGGCGGGACAGAGCGCGCCCGACAGCUUUCGGUUCGGAUCGCAGCCGAGACCUGCUGAGAUCCACUUUUGGAGUCGGGGCCGCCAGCACCGAAGACCCGCGUCUUGGUACCACCGGUUGUUCCACCCGCCGCAACCUGCUGCUCGAUUUCGUGUUUAUUUCCUGCCUCCCACGUGGAAAAUGCCCGCGCGGCUCCUGCUGACAGCCCCGCCACGCGCGGCGGAGCCGCUGCCGCUGAGCGGCGGCGAGGGAAGCGCGCCGGGGGCUGGGCGGCCGCGGGCCCCUUUCUCCCAAACCUUCUCGCGUGGAAAACUUUACCGCACGGGGCACCGCAGAGCAGCCCCCGCCCACGCGGGGGUGACUCUCCUAAAGUUUGUCACCCAGCCCUCUCCACGCGGGGCGGCUGUUGUCCGCCCCUUGCCGGUGCGCGGCAGAGGUGAGGGGGGCGCCCCGUCGGGCCGCUUCUGCCGGCGCUCCCGCCCCGCGUCCGUCCGUCCGUCCGUCCCCGCCGCAGAUAAAGCGCGGCUGAGUGACCCGGCUCACUUUGCCAUGUGUUCGCACGGAGUUAAAGCGCAGGAGGGAGCGGUGUUGGGGGGCGUGGGGCCUGCGCGGAGGGGGCGCGCAGGGCAGCGCCGGGGGGGCGCGGCCCGGGCCGGGGGGAGCCGCGAUCGCGGGGCCCGGCAGGAGCGGCGGCGCGGCGGGCCCCGGGGGCACGGCUCCCCGGCACCGGGCACGGCUCCCCGGCACCGGGCACCCCGCGGGGGCGGAGCGGGGCCGCCCCGGGGCCCGCGGCUCCUUGCACAGAGGGAGAAAGUUGCGCGGAGCCCCCGCGGUGGCUGCGGGGCGGGGCAGGGCCGGGGCAGGUGCGCGGGCAGGGCCGGCGGGGCAGGUGCGCGCCGGGCCGGGCGGCUGCGGAGCGGGACCCGGGGGAUCCCGGCCGCCGCCGCCUGCCCGUGCCGGGAGAGCCGGGGCGGCGGGGGCAGCAGCGGGAAGGGGCGCGGGGUCGGUGUCCGCGGGCCGUGCGGGGGGCGCGGGAGGCGCGGCCGAGGCGGGAUGGAGCUCCCCGAGGGGCCGGCGUCGCGUCCGUGUGGUUGUGACCCGGCCGCGGAAGAGCAGUUUUUCACUGAGUUGCCAUCAAUCACAUAA